AUCAACAAACACAAAAACGAAACCAAAAUCACUCAAACAAGACAGAAACAAAAAUGAGUUCUGCAAGCAAAACAUGGAUGGUGGCUGCAAGCAUCGGAGCCGUCGAGGCAUUAAAAGACCAACUAGGCGUGUGCCGUUGGAACUACGUGAUCCGAUCAGUGAAUCAAUAUCUCCGUAACAACUUAAGAUCCGUUUCUCAAGCUAAGAAGCUUUCUUCCUCAUCAUUCGAUUAUACCAACAAGACCAAGCAAGCUGAAGAAUCGCUAAGGACAGUCAUAGUAAAAUUAGAUUUUUCACAAAAGAUGGCUAAUACUCCAUUGAUUGUUUCUUUUGGUGAAAUGCUUAUCGACUUUGUCCCUGACACUUCUGGUGUUUCUUUAGCUGAGUCCACCGGUUUUCUCAAAGCCCCUGGUGGUGCUCCGGCUAAUGUUGCUUGUGCCAUUACCAAACUCGGUGGCAAAUCCGCUUUCAUCGGCAAGUUUGGUGAUGAUGAGUUUGGACACAUGUUGGUGAACAUAUUGAAGAAGAACGGUGUGAACAGUGAAGGUGUUUGCUUCGAUACCAACGCAAGAACCGCGUUGGCUUUUGUGACGUUGAAGAAAGAUGGUGAGAGAGAGUUUAUGUUUUACAGGAACCCGAGUGCUGAUAUGCUUCUGAAAGAAUCUGAGCUCAACAAGGAUCUUAUCAAGAAAGCCAAGAUUUUCCACUAUGGUUCCAUUAGCUUGAUCUCUGAGCCGUGUAGAGCGGCUCACAUGGCUGCGAUGAAAACCGCUAAAGAUGCAGGAGUUUUACUCUCGUAUGACCCGAAUGUUCGGUUGCCUCUUUGGCCUUCUACUGAAGCUGCUAUAGAAGGCAUCAAAAGUAUUUGGAAUGAGGCCGAUAUUAUCAAGGUAAGCGAUGAUGAGGUAACAUUCCUCACCCGUGGAGAUGCGGAGAAGGAUGAUGUUGUUUUGUCUCUCAUGCAUGAUAAGCUUAAGCUGCUUAUUGUUACUGAUGGAGAGAAAGGUUGCAGAUACUACACAAAGAAAUUCAAAGGGAGAGUGCCCGGAUAUGCUGUGAAAGCAGUUGAUACAACUGGAGCUGGUGAUUCUUUUGUUGGUGCAUUUCUUGUCUCACUAGGCAAAGAUGGCUCCAUACUCGAUGACGAAGGGAAACUGAAGGAAGCACUUGCCUUUGCAAAUGCAUGUGGAGCUGUGUGUACAACUCAGAAAGGAGCUAUUCCUGCACUUCCAACUCCAUCUGAUGCUCAAAAGCUCAUGAAAUCUAAGUCCAAAUAGUUUCACUCUUGUUCUGUCUUGUUUCUGUUUCUUCACUUUUGUAUUGAAUCUGGUCAAUUUUCCCAGUUUUUUUCUCAGAGUAUUUUCUCUGUUAUCUGAAUAAAUCUAGUUUCAAGUU